AUGAAAGCUCUGUGUCGUGAUUCGUUUCUUCGUGUGGGAGUGAUUCGAGUUUCGAUUAAAUCUGGCAGCAACGUUCCGGACUUCAGCGCGACGUUCCUGUCGUUCAAUCUCAAUGCCGAUCUGAAUACAUUGUUCAACUGGAGUGUGAAGCAGCUAUUCCUGUAUCUAACGGUCGAAUACCAGACGGAUCAGAACGAGCUCAAUCAGGUGGACCUGUGGGACAAAAUCAUCCUGCGAGGCGGAAAAGCUCUGCUGGACUUCAAGAACAUAAUCACCAUGUACUACUUCUGGGACGAUGGCAAUGGUUUGAAGGGCCACCAGAACGUGACGACGACCCUUUCCUAGAACAUCGUUCCAAAUGUAGGACUGCUUCCGGAUGUUUUUGCUCACGGGCAUCAUUCGUUCAAGUUCUCGGAAACCUACAAGCCGUCGCCGGUCUAAAAAACUUAAAAAAGUAUUACAAAGCACCUGCAAGAGCUUGUCGGUGAUAAUCAAAAAGCUUAAACAAAAAAGAAUCGAUACUAAAAUAAGCCACCAAAGGAUUCGUUUUCCGCCAAACUGCAGCUGACGAUGCAGCUUUUCCAUUUAUUCCAUUCUAAUUAUUUCUUAUUUAUGUUUGCAAAUUGGAGCUGCCUAUCUCAACAUGAGCAAUAAUCGAUGAAAAACCGUCUGCAAGAACAUCUGGUCGAAAUGACCCGUAUGCACUUCUUCCUUAGUUUUUCAAUUAUGCAUGUUUAGUUGAAAGUAGAAAAUGCUCGAUGU